AUGGUUUCCGCAUCCAAAGCUGCUCGCGACGCCAAAAGGGCCGCCGAAGGCAAACCUGCCAAAAAGACUGUGGCCUCUCGAUCAAAAGCCGGGUCAAAAAAUGCUUCUGGCACCACAACACCAGGCGACGCAACUCCACCACUUCUUGAUGGAGAUGGAAACCCUCUACCCGAUGACGAACAGCCUGCCACCUCUUCAAAGAAGAUGGACGAGGUGAAGCGAUUAGCUGACCAAAUGGACAAGCAUGGUUUAUCCGAUCGAGUCACCACCGGAGUUCUCAGUUCUCUCAAACAAAGUAGAGAUGUUAAGAUCACAUCCGUUUCCUUGACUUUCCACGGCCGAGUCCUCAUUACCGAUACUACUCUCGAGCUUACUUACGGUCGGCGAUAUGGUCUUCUUGGAGAAAACGGUUGCGGAAAAUCAACUCUCUUGAAAGCGAUCGACAAGCGCGAAUACCCUGUCCCGGACCAUAUCGAUAUUUACCUGCUCAACGAGGGUGCGCCACCCAGCGACUUAGGAGCACUUGAAUGGGUGGUUAGGGAGGCAGAGAACGAGAUGGAGAGACUCGAUAAGCUAGCUGAGCAGAUUCUCGAGGAUGAUGGACCAGAAAGCCCUAUGUUAAUGGAUAUUUAUGAGCGCAUGGAAACCAUGGACCCCUCUACAUUCUCUACGCGUGCAUCUCUAAUUCUGACCGGUCUUGGUUUCAACAAAAAGACGAUUCAGAAGAAGACCAAGGACAUGUCCGGAGGAUGGCGUAUGCGUGUGGCUUUGGCCAAGGCUCUCUUCGUCAAGCCAUCUUUGCUUCUACUCGAUGAUCCAACAGCACAUUUGGAUCUGGAGGCCUGUGUGUGGCUCGAGGAGUACCUGAAGAAAUGGGACCGCACUCUGGUAUUGGUAUCUCAUAGUAUGGAUUUCCUCAACGGUGUCUGCUCCAACAUGAUUGAUAUGCGCCAGAAGAAGCUCCUCUACUAUGGUGGUAACUACGAUUCUUACGCGAAGACUCGCUCUGAGCAAGAGGUCAACCAGAUGAAGGCCUACCAAAAGCAGCAGGACGAAAUCGUCCAUAUCAAGAAGUUCAUUGCUUCCGCUGGUACAUAUGCCAAUUUGGUCAGACAAGCCAAGUCCCGACAAAAGAUUUUGGAUAAGAUGGAGGCAGAUGGUUUCAUCGAAAAGGUUGAGGAAGAUCGUGUUUUCACAUUCAGAUUUGCUGACGUUGAGAAACUACCACCUCCUGUCUUGUCUUUCGACGAUGUUACUUUCUCUUACUCCGGAAACUCCAAGGAUGACCUUUACAAGAACCUCGAUCUCGGUGUAGACAUGGACUCUCGAACUGCACUGGUCGGGCCAAAUGGUGUAGGAAAGUCCACGUUACUGAGGCUGAUGACUGGCAAGCUUUCCCCAACUAGUGGAAUUGUUUCCCGUCACACUCACUUGAAGAUGGGAGUCUACAGUCAACAUUCUGCCGAGCAGCUUGAUCUCACAAAAUCUGCUCUUGAUUUUGUGAGAGACAAGUACGCCGACAAGAGUCAAGAUUACCAGUACUGGAGACAACAGCUUGGCAAGUACGGUCUCAGCGGAGACUCGCAAACAGCCCUCAUGGGUACUCUAUCUGAAGGCCAAAAGUCUAGAAUUGUUUUCGCGCUCUUGGCUAUUGAUGGGCCUAAUAUGCUCUUGUUGGAUGAGCCUACGAACGGUCUGGAUAUCCCAACUAUCGACAGUUUAGCUGAUGCUAUCAAUGCUUUCACUGGCGGUGUUGUAGUUGUCUCCCACGAUUUCAGAUUGCUUGACAAGAUUGCAAAGGAUAUUAUGGUCUGCGAGCACCAGAGCAUCCACCGAUGGGGUGGUAGCAUUGGAGAGUACAAGGACCACCUGAGGAAGAAGAUGAUUGCCGCUGGUAACGUUUAG